AUGCAAAGACGGAGAAAUAAAGUUAAAGAUAAGCCGCCCCCGGACCCACGCCGAGAGUACUUGGACGCCGAGUCCAGCGAUGAAGCGGAAAGGCUCGCCGGCCACUUGCAACGAUUAAUCGGUCAUUCGCAGGUUCCGCGCUGUUGCAGGUUCCUAAUUUGUCUCCAGGAUUAUGGUAAUUUACCCUUCGACCUCGAUCGUACCCGCCGUGUGUUGGAAGAUGAACCUAAUUCGUCCUCUCACGAGUUCUCAUGGUACUUGCACGAUUCAAAAUGCAACCGCGGCAUUACUUGCGAUCUAGAUCUACCACAGAGGUUAUCGAAGGGGAAUAUUGUUGCAGGUGAAGAAGAUGUGGAUGAGCUACGUCCGAUAUAUGAAGCGGAUGAAUUAGAUGAAUUGGUUCAGAAUGUUAAGGAUAUGACGACUCUGAGCGGUCUGACGGACGACGAUUGGACGUGGAAAUGCGACAUGGACAUUCGCGAGUUCUUCCACGAACCGAGCAUUCCGGUCCUCUGCAUUUAUCACGUGAACGGCAGUCUGACCACAGAAUUUUCAUUUCCUACGGUUCCCGUGCACGAGCUAACCUACUUCGUGAGACAGCCCAACGAGAUUCUCCGCCCGGAGAACUUUCGCGAACGCAUUCUCUUCGGGUCGAUGAACGACAAGGUGGAGAGCCAUAUACUAGGAAUCAUCCAGAAUAUGUUCGCGCCGAUUUUCUUCGCAAUCGAAACCUGGCCCGACAGUAUCCUUCGCUACUGCCCUCUCUGUUAUCGCAUUGCAAUUAAUUCGCGUAACUAA